GCGGCGGAGAAAGUUGAAAAAAAGAUCUGCUUCAAUGGCGCCUGCUAAGAUAACGGGCGCUAUUGUCGCAGCGGCAACGAUGGUGAUGCUUUCUUACGUUGCCUUCUUCAGAUUCUCAGAUAAGUUGGACGCUUCUUCCUCUGAAAAGAAGAAGAAGAAUGAGAAGAAGAAGGAGAAGCUGAGUAAGAGAAACGGACUCGUAGAUGCCAUUGGGAAUACUCCUCUCAUUCGUAUCAAUAGCCUCUCUGAGGCUACUGGCUGUGAGAUUCUUGGCAAGUGUGAGUUUUUGAAUCCAGGAGGUAGCGUUAAAGAUAGAGUUGCUGUUAAGAUCAUCGAAGAGGCUUUGGAAUCUGGUAAGUUGUUUCCGGGAGGAAUCGUAACUGAAGGUAGUGCUGGGAGUACUGCCAUUAGCCUUGCUACUGUUGCUCCUGCAUAUGGGUGUAAAUGUCAUGUUGUUAUUCCUGAUGAUGCUGCUAUUGAAAAGUCUCAAAUAAUUGAAGCCCUUGGAGCUACCGUUGAGAGGGUGAGGCCAGUCUCAAUUACUCACAAAGAUCACUUUGUCAACAUUGCUAGGCGACGUGCUGACGAAGCAAAUGACUUAGCAUCAUCAAAGAGAAGACUUGCGAGCGGAAUCCAGGAAAAAACUAAUGGUUGCAUAGCUGAGGAAGAGAGUGAGCCUUCCUUAUUCUCAGAGUCAGUUACAGGUGGCUUCUUUGCAGACCAGUUUGAAAACUUGGCGAAUUAUAGGGCUCACUAUGAAGGUACUGGACCUGAAAUCUGGCAACAGACUAACGGUAACAUCGAUGCCUUUGUUGCUGCUGCGGGUACUGGCGGUACUUUAGCUGGUGUUUCAAGGUUCCUUCAGGAAAAGAAUGAAAAGGUUAAAUGCUUCCUGGUCGAUCCUCCUGGGUCUGGUCUGUACAAUAAAGUAACAAGGGGAGUGAUGUACACAAGAGAGGAAGCCGAAGGACGUCGUCUUAAAAACCCAUUUGAUACAAUAACAGAAGGUAUUGGAAUCAAUAGGCUUACUAAAAACUUCCUGAUGGCAAAACUUGACGGCGGCUUCCGUGGUACUGAUAAAGAAGCUGUUGAGAUGUCAAGGUUUCUUUUGAAGAAGGAUGGGCUCUUUGUUGGAAGCUCCUCGUCUAUGAACUGUGUUGGGGCAGUGAGGGUGGCUCAGACCCUUGGUCCUGGUCACACAAUUGUCACCAUUCUUUGUGAUAGCGGAAUGAGACAUCUAAGCAAGUUUCAUGACCCUCAGUACUUGGCUCUCUACGGGUUGACUCCAACCGCAAUCGGAUUAGAGUUCCUCGGCAUCAAGUGAAAUGACAUAUCUGUUAACAUUACGAUAGGUUUCAGAUUCAUCAAGAAGGCAUUGUUGAAACCUUGCUGAUAUUUUUGUUGGCACCAGCCACCAGGGUAACAUAUUCUUUGUAGCUCUAUGAAGGACUCUAGAUUUAAAGAUAAAGCUGUGUCUGGAUUCAACGGGGAAGGUCAAAGCAACGAUGCAUGCAUCUGGCUUCUGAAAACUCCCAUAGCUACUACAUCUUACACCUGAUUUCUCUGUUGUCCACAAGUCAAUGACCUAAUACAAGAUAUUGGGAAGUAUCUAGUCAAAAGCUUGUAUUUGUACCCAUUAGAGUCUUGUCUUUGUUCAAUGCAUUCAACUGGAAAUGUCAUGAUUGAGAGUCUUGAUGGACAUAUAAACUGGUUGUGUAAGGUCUGAUGACUCAAUCCGAUCUAUUGUCUGAGACUAGUAUUGACAAUACUAUGUGUUAGCUAUCCACA